AUGGAAGCGAAGCGUGAAAAGCGGCCCUAUGUAAUUGUCUUCUGCGGCGUUAAUGGUGUUGGAAAGUCGACAAAUCUGGCGAAAAUUACAUUUUGGUUAAACGAAAAUGGGCAUCGUGUACUAAUUGCUGCCGCUGAUACGUUUCGGGCAGGUGCUGUUGAACAGUUGCGUACCCACACAAAGCAUCUGAAUGCGCUGCAUGCAAACAGUGUUCAGCUUUAUGAGCAGGGAUAUGGAAAAGAUCCAGCUGGACUCGCUGCCGCUGCAAUUGCUAUUGGUUUGUUUCCAUUUCCAACAUAAUU